UUGUCCAGAAAUGGAAAAAAAAACAAUUCCACUUAUAGCAGUGGGGAGAACUCCAACCAACAACAAACGAUACAAAGCCAAAUCUAACUACUGUAUUCUGUGUCGCAGCUUAUAUCAGAAACAUGAAGCUCAUGAGCAUAUGCAUAGUAUGCUGCAUCACAGAGAGCUGGAGACAGCGAUGGGCAAGGAUACAUUUCAUGACUGUCAGGCGUGCAAGGUAUCCGAAUUGAGUUUCGAUGAGUAUGCAAAGCACAUAUCUACCUCUCAACACAAUGCCAAGUUGAAGACCUUGAAUUCAAAAAAUGUGAGCCCCACUCCUCUGUGGAACACUUUGGGCCCCGCCAUACUUCAACAAAUCAAGGAGAGAAACAAGUUGCUGAAGUUUCAGGAGAAGAAAGAAAUAAAAAAGAAAAGAAAGAGACAGAAGCAGGAAGCUGGUAGGAAACAUGUAGAAAUGAUGAAGGGAGCCACUGGAAAAAACAAAGGGGUGUCCAAAGUAGCAAAGGCGGAAAAAUCCAAACAAGUGAAAAACGCAAGGAUACUGAAACAGAUGCAGAAAACCCACCAGGGAGGAAGCAACAAGGCAUUUUUAAAAAAUAUAGAGAAUAAAGUGUCCAGUCUGCAGAGACCUCCUCACCAGAGACCUCCUCACCAAAAAGAGGCAACCUUGCAGAAUCAAAGUGAGAGAUCGUCAUCUUUGUCAGGAGGUCAAACUUUGCAUCAAAAUAAUGUCCGAGACCAGUUCACCCAAUCAAUUCAGCAGAUGAGCUAUGAUGUCAACAAUCCAAGCAGCAAAGUUAAAAUGGAGAUCACCCAAUCAGAUAGACUUUUAAACGGACUAAAAAAUACCCAAGGAGGGACUAGUAGUAUGCCAGGACAAAAAACAUGGCCAGCUAACAGCCAGUGUGGGUAUAACUACAAGCAGCUUAGUAGUACAUCAGAUUGCGACUUCACAAGUGAUAACCUCCCUAAGAAUGGAGGGCUCAUCUUUGAUCACUAUGAGAGUGAUGGAUCUAGUCAGGCAGGGCAAGAAGGCUCAAAUUCAGCAAAACCUGCUUCAGAAAACAACACGGCUACCAUACGGGAUGUUGACGUCAGUGCGAUGCUGCGGCACAUCAGGAGAGCGCUGGGAGUACGGGAGCCGUGUAGGGCAGAUCGUGAAGCUCGGAGGCAGAACAGUGAGGCAGACAACCGGCUGGCUGAUCUUAGCACUAUGCAUCAAAUUGGUGCUGAAAAGGAGCAGCCAGGUGGUAGAUCCAACUCCUCCCAGGUCAACUCCCCUGCCCCACCAUCCGGUUCUGGAAUUCAUACUUACAAUACAGCUCAAGCUAAGUCAAAGCAGGAGACACUCGGAGUGACACAAAGAGUGACUCAGCCAGUUGAGAAGAGCUCCGUGGUUGAAGGUGGCUCAAAUGGAGCUUUAAGCGGUGGGCCGAGAGAGUCUCAGGUGGCCCUCAAAAGCCAGGCUUUGGUCAACCAACAUUCAGGCCAGACCGCUACUUCUGAAACAAACGUAAAUAUCGCCCCCAAGGUCCGAGUUGCCCGUAAAACAACAAGCAAUUUGACGAACUUAUCAGACCAGAGUAAGCAGAGCUGGACGGAGAUGUAUAAAGAGAUGAAAUGGAAGAAGCUCGAGAGGGUGAAAGGGAUGCCUAGGUUUGGGAUUGAGGUGGUGAAUCAGACAGACCGAGAACGCAAGACACAAGCAGAAGACAACGACUUCCCUCUGUCAGAAGGCUUCCACUGGGAAUCAUUCCCAGACAGUCCUUCAGCUGCACACUGGACUGGACUACCUCCUCCUCCACCCCAGGACAAUGUAGCUAAUAACUGUCAUAUAGCAACGCAGUCAAAUUUACAAAUGCAGGAGCCUCUGGAGCAGCCUGCUGCAGGACAGGACGACAAUCAGACGGCUGAAGCUGUCCAUGUGAAGGAGGAACCAAACCUAGAAAGAGAAGAUGUAGAAAAGAGAAGCAACAGUGUUACUAACAAGAGGAAGCCCAACGUUGUAGUGCAUGAUGGUGCUUCUGAUGAGCAGCCCAGCAGAAAAAGGAAGAAAUCAAAGCCCCACAAGGACCAGGACCAGAUGGACCAGCUGUUGGCUGUGUCUCUGAGGGAGGAGGAGCUGAGCCACUCGUUACAGGAUCUGGACAAUUCUCUGGUUCAGGCCCGCAACGCCCUGCAAGCCGCCUACACGGAGGUCCAAAGACUGCUGCUGUUUAGACAGCAGUGUACUGCAGAGAUCAACAGUCUGAGGGCCAAGCGCAUCGAGAUCCUGCAGGGGAUGCAAGGAGUAUACUCAGGAGCAUCUAAUGCAGCAGAGAUAGCCACCACCUCCUCAGCAGGGGCUGUUACUGUCAUGCAGCCAAGACCCUCUCCCCUUCCUACCUCUGCUGCUUUCCACACCGCCUCCAACCAGCAACCGCUCCCCACAAACCCAACCUCCACCGUCAGCCAGCCUCAUCCAACCCCUCUUGACAGGCAGUUAAAGCAAGAAAUGUGCGAAGGACCUACGGUCUCCUGUAACCCUGAUAAACCUCAGGUUCCUGUAAACCAACCUGUGCACCUGUUUCCGCCUAAUCUCCUUCCUUCACUGCUGCUCACAUCACCACACUUAGCCGCUCCUACAGCUGCUUUUAACCCCCUCCCACAUCUCAGAGCGGAGAGUUCCACAUCAGUCAAUACUUCUCCUGAAUCAUCUUCCAGACUGCAGGGACAGACGGUAAAGGAGGGGUUAAAUGACCGCAUACAGAUGGUGAAUUUAGUCGAAGAUGAGGAACAGGAAGUCGAUCCAGAGGAAGAAUAUCUACCAACAAAAGAAAAUGCAUCAUCGGCAUCUCUGGUUGACAACAAAGGGAAUGAGAGUGACGACUCUGUGGAGAUGAUGGAGCCCUCAGACAUGGUGGUCAUCGAUAUCGAUGAGUCAGACAACGAGGAGGCCGUCUCAAAUGUUCCUGUCCACAAAGAUCCUCCUCAGAAGUCUGUCAGUGUGGAGUUCAGCUCUGCAGGCUCACAGACCAAUCAGAAAAAUAAUGCAGAGAGAAAAGUUCAGCCUGCAGUUAAACACACAGGUGAUCCUCCAGAGUCGGUUGAGCUGUGCGAUGAUGAGAAACUAUACUUGGGAACUUUCAUGAACCACACCGGCUCCGUCCAUGGCCUCCAAAUUCACGAUGGGCGGCUGUACACAUGUUCAGGGGACAACACAGCCCGGGCCUACAGUCUGAUGAGCAAGGAGUGCCAAGUGGUAUUUGAAGGUCACACAAACAAAGUCAACUGUCUAGUCGUGGCGUCCCUCCCGAACUUGCCUGUACGCCUCUACACCGGAUCCAGUGACCAGACGAUCCGCUGUUACAGCACAAAGACUAAUAGGUGUCUGGAGCAGAUCACACUAUCAGACAGAGUGUUGUGUCUGCACAUUGCCUGGAACAUUCUGUUCGCUGGACUCGCCAAUGGAUCAGUGGCCAGCUAUGACUUAAAGACUCUAAAGCAGUUGGAUGUGUUUGAGUGUCACGGCCCACGCGGCGUGAGCUGCCUCGGUACAGCACAGGAAGGCGCCCGCCGAGUGCUGCUGGUCGGUUCCUAUGACAGCACCAUCAGCGUACGAGACGCCAAGAGCGGCCUGCUGCUGCGCUCGCUGGACGGUCACACCAAAACUGUGCUCUGUAUGAAGGUGGUGAAUGAUCUGGUCUUCAGCGGCUCCAGUGACACUUCAGUCCACGCCUACAACAUCCAUACGGGCGAGUUGGUUCGUAUCUAUAAGGGUCACGGGCACGCUGUCACGUCAAUCGUCAUCUUGGGGAAAGUGAUGGUGACAGCCUCUCUGGAUAAACUGGUUCGAGUUUAUGAGCUACAGUCUCAUGACCGCUUGCAGGUGUACGGAGGUCACAGCGACAUGGUGAUGUGCAUGGCCGUGCACAAGAGCGUGAUCUAUACGGGCUGCUAUGAUGGCAGUGUUCAAGCUGUGAAGCUCAACUUAAUGAAGAACUACCGCUGCUGGUGGCAGAAUUGCUCUCUGAUCUUUGGCCUGGCAGAGCAUCUUGUGCAACACCUAGUCCGAGAUCACAGCAACCCAAAUCUGCAGACUGUGAAAUGUCGCUGGAGGAGCUGCAGCGCUUUCUUUUCCACACAGCAGUCGGUCAGACAGGAGUUGCCUGAACACAUGAAGAGCCACGUGGAGAAGGACAGCCGAGUGCAGCCCUGACAGCCACAAUGUGGCAGAUGAGAUCAGGGGUUUUUCAAACAUUUACAACACAUCAGAUCUUUUUUUUUUCUCGUUGGUUCUAAGGUUCUUUUCAGGAUAGUGUGUUUUAUCUAACACUAAUUCUCAGCAGGGAGUAGGAGCAUUUUGUCUUGUUUCUCCUCUGUGACCUCGGUGGCAGCGAGUGAAGACAGACCACAUGUUGUUGAGCCCUGAAGCGGUUGCUCGGCGAGGUCGAGAUGUUGAGUCUUUUAACAGCUCUUAUUAACUAUCAGUUGAAGUUAUCAGUAACUAAACUCUAUUUUAAGAGUGACAUGAAUCCUUACUGUGCGUUUGGAUCUAUUGGUCAGCAUGUUUAUACUUCUCACUGUCAAUAUAUGGCAUGGCUUUAAACACCACACAGGAUGAUAAACAGUUUUUACAUACACCUCAGUGUAUUUUUAUGUUGAGAAAGUUCAACUUUGAACUACUUUGAAAAUCCUACAUAUUACACGGUGUGUCUGGAUUUGAAGAGGAGGUCAUAAACAGUAUUCCACCUCUUUCACAGGGAUCUAGAUCAAUUACAGCGGAAAAAUCACCUGCCCAUUCUUUAUCCUCGGAUAAGCGCCUACAAACAAAGUGCAUCUUGUCAGUUUUGGCAUUCACUGUGUUGUGCUUUGCUGGUCGCAGAUAAUGUCGCUAUGGGCUUCAAGGUGAGAUUCAGAGUGAAAUACAGAGGUCUGAUAAGCCUCACUUUUUUCAUUUCACUCAUGGAACAUGUUUGCACAUGUGCAGUAAAUAUGCUACUUUAUUCUCCCUCAUCCUUUAAAGAGACUGAUGUGUCGUAUUUUGGUAGAUAACUUUUACAGGUGAUGUACAUCCUCAAAACAGGCAGCAAUCGGAUUUUAUACCUUAUCCUAAGACAUCAGCUGUUAUUGGUCAUUUGAGGAAUGAUAAGGGCCUUCUCUCUUUGCAAUCAGAGGGUGUUUCAAGAUGUCGGUAGGAUUUUUAACCCUUCUUAAGGUUUUCUGAAACUUUAAAGUCAGAAAUGGAUGACAGGUCGAUUGACUAAAUAAACAGAUUUUACUUGAUUGUAAUUUGCAUUGAUAAAAAAGGGUGAAAUUUGGGAAAAAAAUCUGAAUUUUAAACGUACAAGCUAAUUUUUAGCAACCUGCACCUUCUUUAAAAGUUGCACAAUUUGUAAGUCUGCUUUCGAUCUCCGCUAUCAAUUCCAGAUUUGAGGUGUUUCAUCAUGCACUGACAUGACUCGUUCGUUUGCUUGAUAUCACAGCGUAGAGUUAAUUUAUCCUUAAAUCUUCGUGACCCAGACUAUGGUCUCCUGUCAGACAUGAGAACCUUAUUCCUACAUCUUUCAACAUAUCAGCCGUUUAUUUAUCAUAACUUCAACCUUCUCCCGAGCAUUGCUGGUGGCAAUGCCCUUAUUGCUUAUAUGUUUAGACAUUCAUCCAUCUUUUCCUGCAGUGAAAGAAAGUCGUUUAGAAUCUGUUAAAACAUCAACUUGAAGAAUGAGGCCUUAUUUUUUGUAAGUCAUAUUGUACAGUGUAUGUUUGAAUGUGUUUCAUACCUACUGAACGUGUACAGCAAUAAAAAAAAAACAAAUA